CGGAACUUGAGCUACGUAAAUAGUGAGCCGAACGAGCGGAAAAUGAUCUUCAAAUUGUAUUAACAGCCGCAACCCCACAUUCUUUUUUGCUAGCCGCCCCGUGAACUUGCUAUCAACAAGCUAGCAACACGCCCAUACCGCCUUUUUUUGACGCGUAUAUUUGCAACGAUAACUUUUUAAUUGCGUUACCUAGGCGUUAGUAAGAGUUCACUCGACCGUUCAACGAAAAAGUGGUGUUGAAUUUCAAUGGUUUUUCUGAAAUACUUGUACUCCGGCGUUGCUAGGGGCAACUGCGGGAUGGAGUGUUGCACGUGAACGCAACACUCCCAAAAAUGUGCCACCGGAAGACACCUUGAACGCAACUGACGAUGACAGCGUUAUGUCGCCUUUAAAGGCCUACUGAAAUGAGAUUUUCUUAUUUAAACGGGGAUAGCAGGUCCAUUCUAUGUGUCAUACUUGAUCAUUUCGCGAUACUGCCUAAUUUAUGCUGACAGGAUUUAGUAGAGAACAUCCACGAUAAAGUUUGCAACUUUUGGUCGCUAAUAAAAAAAGCCUUGCCUGUAUCGGAAGUAGCAGACGAUGUGCGCGUGACAUCACGGGUGGUGGAGCUCCUCACAUCCUCACAUUGUUUACAAUCAUGGCCACCAGCAGCGAGAGCGAUUUGGACCGAGAAAGCGACAAUUUCCCCAUUAAUUUGAGCGAGGAUGAAAGCUUCGUGGAUGAGGAUAGUGAGAGUGAAGGACUAGAACAAAAAAAAGACGAGAGUAGUGGGAGCGAUUCAGGUGUUAUUAGACACAUUUACUUGGAUAAUUCUGGAAAAUCCCUUAUCUGCUUAUUGUGUUACAAGUGUUUUAGUGAGAUUAUAUAGUCAUACCUGAAAGUCGGAGGGGUGUGGUGACCGCCAGUGUCUCUGAAGGAAGCCAUGGAGGAGCCAAGAAAGUCGCAGCUGCCUCUUUGACAGCUGCAGGAGGAACGACACAAGUUCUGCUCAUGUUUACGCUUGCUGUUGAAACACCGAGCAGGCCUCGUCGAAGUUCAGGUGGAGUUCAGGGGUUGUUCUUCGGCUAGGAAAUUCCGACUUCCCAGCAGCACCUUGACUGAGCAGCAUGAUUUCUAUGAUCAACCGCCUCCAAGACGCCCUAAGCGGCGCCGGGCAGAGCUACUCCCUCCUCCUGCCGCAGAUCGCCGUUGUGGGCGGCCAAAGCUGCGGGAAGAGCUCCGUCCUGGAGAACUUUGUGGGCAGAGACUUCCUUCCCCGUGGUUCAGGAAUUGUCACUCGCAGGCCUUUAAUCUUGCAGCUGCAUUAUGCGGACGCCGAGUACGGUGAAUUUUUACACUGCCGGGGAAAGAAGUUCACAGAUUUUGAUGAGAUCCGCCAGGAAAUUGAGGCUGAAACUCACCGACUCACCGGAUCCAAUAAAGGCAUCUCUCCCAUCCCCAUUAACCUGCGGAUUUAUUCCCCUAACGUGCUCAACCUGACUCUCGUGGACCUGCCGGGCAUCACCAAGGUGCCCGUGGGCGACCAGCCGCCGGACAUCGAAUACCAGAUACGAGACAUGAUCAUGCAGUACAUCUCUAAGAAGAACUGCCUCAUCCUGGCCGUGACGCCCGCCAACAUGGACCUGGCCACCUCGGACGCGCUCAAACUGGCCAAAGACGUGGACCCGCUGGGUCGGCGCACGAUGGGAGUGAUCACCAUGCUGGACCUGAUGGAUGAAGGAACAGAUGCACGGGAAAUACUUGAGAACAAGCUGCUUCCACUACGAAGAGGUUAUAUCGGGCUGGUGAACCGCAGUCAGAAGGACAUCAACGGGAAAAAGGAUAUAGAGGCAGCCCUGAUUGCGGAGAAGAACUUCUUCCUGUCCCACCCGGCUUACAGAGACAUGUGCGACAGGAUGGGCACGCCGUAUUUACAGAAGACCCUCAACCAGCAACUGACAAAGCACAUCUGGGAAAGUCUGCCUGCGCUGCACAGCCAGCUGCAGUGUCAGCUUGUGUCCAUCAGUAAAGAAGUUGAAGAGUGUAAACUGUAUGAUAGUGACGACGCCAUUGGCAGGACCAAAGCACUCAUCAAGCUCGUGCAGCACCUGGCUGGCAACGUUGAGAAGUUCAUCGAGGGCUCAGCAGAUGAAGUAGACACUGUGAACCUGUCAGGCGGUGCCAGGAUCAACCGACUAUUCCAUGAGCGCUUCCCAUAUGAACUGCGAAAAAUGAAGUGCGAUGAGAGGAAGCUGCGGCAAGAGAUCGCCUACGCCAUCAGGAACAUCCACGGUGUCAGGACAGGUCUGUUCACCCCCGACAUGGCUUUCCAGGCCAUCGUGAAGAAGCAGAUCUCACGGCUGAAAGGGCCAUGUUUUGAAUUUGUCGAUAUGGUCAGUAAAGAGCUCGCGGCCACCGUGUAUGAGUGCAUCAAUAAGCUUAGCUCCUUUCCCAAACUGCGGGAUGAAACGGAGCGAAUUGUCGCCGCUGAAAUUCGAGAACAAGAGAGCACAUGCCGAGAUCAGAUCUCGCUGCUCAUCGACAUGCAGCUUGCUUAUAUUAACACCAAGCAUGAAGAUUUUAUCGGCUUUGCUCAUGCUCAGAACGCGUUCCACCGAAGCGAUAACAAGACUAUCCCAGGCAGUCCAGCACAACAGGGUGUGGCCCCUCCCUCCAGUCUAAUAGUUAUACACAAAGGCUGGCUCACCAUCACCAACAUUAGCAUCAUCGCCAAGGACUACUGGUUCGUUCUUACUGCGGAGAGCCUCUCUUGGUUCAAGGAUAAUGAGGAGACGGAGAAAAGGUACAUGCUUCGGUUGGACAACCUGAAGCUGCGUGACGUGGACAAGGGCUUCAUGUCCAGCAAAUUCGCCUUCGCUGUCUUCAAUACAGAGUCAAGGUCCGUGCAUAAAGGCCUGAAUGUCUACAAGGACCACAAAUUCUUGGAGCUGUCCUGUAACUCUCGGGAGGAGCUGGACAGCUGGAAGUCCUCAAUGCUCCGGGCCGGCAUCUUCCCUGAAGAUGUCAAAGUCCAAAAGCUGAAUAACGGGGCACCCGAGAACUUCACCGACCCCCAACUGGAGCGCCAGGUGGAAACCAUUCGCAACCUGGUGGACUCCUACAUGGGCAUUAUCCACAAGACCGUCAAGGACUUGAUGCCCAAGGCCAUCAUGCACUUGAUGAUCAACAGUGUGAAGGAGUUCAUUAGCUCGGAGCUCCUGGCCCAGCUCUACGCUGUGGGAGACUCCUCUGCGCUGAUGGAUGAGUCACCCGAGCAGCGGCAGCGGCGGGAAAAAGUGCUGGGUAAACACGGCGCCCUGCAGGCCGCGCUCGCCGUCAUCGGGGAGAUCAGCGCCUCGCACCACUCCGCCCCCUCGCACACCUCUCGGCCUUUGACACAGCCCUGCAGCGCCACACUCCCUAAAAAGGCGACCGGCGACAAGUCCCGAGCCCGUGGCCACGCCCCGCCUGUUCCAGCACACGCCGGCCCGGCUUGCGUGCCCAGGAGGCCUGCUCCAGCCAUCCCAACGAGCACCAAGUAGGAGGACACGGUCCGCUCCUCCCCCGCCUAGACCUCCGAUGGGAGCGUCCGCCACCAUUCGUGAGCCUGUUUUGUUCAUAGUUGCGUUGGCCGCAGUCGCAGGAAUGUCCUCUGCUGUCUGCUGACUUUCCUCAAGUGCCUGUGUAAAUAGAAACAACAGCUAUUCUGCCAAACACUAUUUUUAAAACCUUUUUUUUUUUUUUUUUAAUAAAGAGGUGUUUUAUUUUUGAA